AUGUCGUAUCGUCGAUACAGUGGGAAGGGCGGCCUGCAAUUGACCAGAAUAGGAUUACCCUUCUUUGCUAUAGUCCUCGGCUCGGCGUAUCUCUUGAAACAUUUCCAGCAAGUGAGAUUCGAUUUUAGGAAAGUGAGAAAGGAACAGGACACCUACAAGGAGUUUGUAAGUGCCCUUUCGUGUUGUAUACUUCUAUAUUGCACAUGACCUGUUUAUUUCACUUUUUUAUUUGUUUAUUUUAUUUCGGAGUGUUUUUCAGAAGGAGAGCCUUGCAAAAGACGGAAUUCAGAUCAAGCAAUCUCCAGUUACAAUUGACGAAGUUUACGACGUAUGUUUAUUUCACAUUUUUUUUUGUUUGUUUUUAGAUUUGAGCCAACUGGAGUUACCUUGAUUUUUGUCGUUUUUAGGAGGUUUCGAAGAUCGAUACCGAGCAUUGGGAGAACAUCAGAGGUCCACGUCCAGAAGAGAGCAACGAGGAGUACUUGAAGGCGAAGUGAGUGCAAUUUGGAUAGUAAUAGUUUAAAUAACGACACAUUUAUAAAUGUUUUAUGUUGCUCAUUCUGAUUAUUCAUUCUUUAGAGCUAAGCAACAAGCCGAAGCGAAGGAAAAGAAAGAAAAAAGACGAGCCGAAAUCCGCCAGUUAAUGGACAAGGCCUUAGAAAAGUAAUGAGUGAUCUGCCUCCAGAAAUGUAAGGUUUAUGGAAGAAAGAUUAGUCCGUUUGAUAUUUAGUCCUGGAAACGUGAGUCCCCCUGAACCACAACCAAAUCCCUUGCCAAAUCUCGAGCAAGUUGAGCAAAACGAUAUCCCGGUUGAGCCAGGAGCAAGCGGUGAGAGUUUAUAUUGUAGUAUUUAAGCUGUGAGAUUGUUCUUGAUUUUUUAAUUUAAAAUUUGUUUGUUUCAGACCCUCAAGAGCCAGUUCCCGCUGCCUCUCAACCCCCAGCUCCGCCUUCUGAGAUAAAUCAACCCUCUAAUUCCAGUGGUCCCCAUCCAAACGAUCCAUCGCUUCAAGAACUAGAGGUCGAUUCACAGAAGUUGGCCGAACUCUUGGAACUUGGCUUUGACGAGUUCAUAUCUGAAUUGGCCCUGAAGAGAACGAAGGGAAGGUGUCUUGACGCGACGAUUGACUGGAUUGUAGAUCAUUCGAAUCAGUCAGAUUUGGAGGAUUCGGGAGACUCGGGAGAGGAUUCUGACGGAGACGACGAAGGCGUUAGUGGUGUUGUGGAGAAGAAAUCGGCCGAAGGAAGUGCUAAAAUCACAGAGGAACAGUUAAAACAGGCAAUGGGAGGUAGGUGAUACGAUUAUUUUUGAUAUUAAUUUUAAUGGUGAUAUAAAAUGUUGUCGAAAGUUGUUUUGAUUGAAAAUAAAUGUUGCAGGAGUUCUAUCCGGCCAGCCAGAUGCUCCAGGGACUUCGGCGAUGGCCAGACAAGAUCUAGUAAACCUGAUGAAAGCCUUGAGGCCAGCCCGAACUCAUAAAAUGGUUUUUGUCGCUAACAUGUCACUUAAGAUGGGGGCUGGCAAAUUGGCCGCGCAAGUUGGCCAUGCCACUCUUGGGGUUUACAAAUACGCACAACGAACUGAGGAGGCAAGUGGAUUGAGUUUUUGUUACCUGUGAUAACAUGGGUAAUAUAAUUUUUUGGCUAAUUUUAGGGCAAAGCAGCGCUAAACGCUUGGCAGUCCCACGGAGCAGUCAAAGUGGUAGUGAAAGGUCAAUCCACGGAACAAUUGAUAGACAUGUUCAAGCAAGCAAAGGACUUGGGGGUCUACUCCUAUUUAGUGCAAGAUGCUGGUUACACGCAGAUCCCGCCAGGCUCCAGAACAAUCCUCGGUCUCUUCGGACCCGUCGAAGAUGUCGAUAAGAUUUCGGGUGCUUUGAAACUUCUCUAG